AUGGCUACAAGACGAAUCAACGCGUCCGAGAAGACAAUACUAGAAAAAGAUGAUACCGAGAAUGAGAAGAGCAACAUUAGCCCUGCCGUGCCACAACACGUCAUUGUCAAGCUGCUGGGCUUUACGCUGGCCAUGAUUGUGGUCCCAAUCGGGUCAUAUUUCUUGACUGUGCACACAAUUUUUCAAGGCAAUUCUUCGUGGGCGGGUGGUUUUGCGGCGUUGCUGGCAAAUGUGGUGUUGCUGGGCUAUGUGAUAGUGGCUAUGAAUGAGGACGACACGGAGAAUGUCAAGGCCAAGGCGAAGAAGACUGAAUAA